AUGUUGCUUAGUCCCGAGGAGGCAGGGGCCGUCGUCGAGGUUGGUUUGGAGAGUGAUUGUUAUGUGGAUCCAGCACUCGCACACAACCCCAUCAAAUAUCAUGAGUUCAUAUCGGACCUGAUCGAUUGCAACCUUCUGUAUUUCACCGACCAACCACGAGUACAAGUGGGAGUGUUCGUCGUGACAAAGAAGCAGCAGCGACAGAGGCUAAUAAUCGAUGCCCGUAGGGCGAAUCGCUUGUUCAGGUCACCACCUUCAACAUGCCUGGGCUCCGUUGAGUCGUGGACGAGACUGGAGGUCGAAGGAGGCGCCCCUCUUUUCAUGGCACAGGAGGACGUAAAGGACUACUUCUAUCGCUUAGGGAUCGACAAGCGUUUGGGAGAGUACUUCUCGUUACCUGCCAUCGAGCCCGCCUUGCUGCGGGAGGUGCGUGGAGACCUUCCCGAGGAGCUCAUGCAGUUGAUGGAUGUGUCAGGCGGGCAUCCUUCAACUAUGCUGAUUUAUGCGGACAAUUGCAAUCAUUUGGGAACGCACAGGGCCGUGGUGGACCACGACCAAGCACUCGUUCGUGAAGCACUGCACUCAUAUGGUCUUGCCACGCAUGACGUUAUUGAGAGCAGUGAAAUAGUCGAGAGUUUGGGAGUCCGAGUAGAUGGACUUUGUGGCAAGGUGCAAGCGACUCCUCAUCGAGAUUGGCGGCUGGAUCGAGCUCUCCUUGCUUGUCAGGCCGCGCCGGCACUUUCGGGAGAGGAGCUCGAGGUGAUCAUUGGUCAUAUGACUUCAAGAGCACUUCUUCACAGGGGGCUGAUGGGGAUAUUACGACAUAGCUAUGUUUUCGUGCAGACCCACUACCAUCAACGGAGACGCCUAUGGGAUAGUGUUCUGCAUGAGCUGGAGCUUUUUAGGUGUUUGAUGCCGCUCGGACAGGCUGACAUCUUUGCCACCUGGGAUGGGCAAGCUCUUUGCACUGACGCAUGUCCCUCGGGUUACGGCGUUUGUGAGAGUGACUGGUCUGCUGCCGAAGCCGCAGAGGUUGGGCGGGAAGAUGAGCGAUGGAGGUUUUAUCGAGGCCCGCCUGACCGCCCACGUCCUCGAGCAGCGGCUUUAGACACCAGCUUAGUUUUUGAGGAUCCCCUGACGGUCCGGCCCGACAUCAGUGGGGAGCUCUUCGGGGAUCUAUGCGAGGACCCCAGUUUCCCAGAGAUCAGAGAGGAGUUGAUGUCAUCAGACAGAUGGCAUGUCCUCUGGGCCAGUCCAUUGAAAAUGAGGGACGCAAUACACGUGCUGGAGGCGCGCAGUAUUCUUGGUGCAGUGAAGCAUCGGUUGCUUACGUUCCUAGAUUUGGGCCAGCCGAAUGACUCGCGGACCGUAGCGGUGCUCAGCAAGGCGGAGGUGCAGAGAGCCAAUCAGCGGAUGAAGAGCCCUGGACAAGAGGAGAUACUCAGUAGGAAGCGAAAGUCCCGCAGCCGAUCACCGUCAGUGAAGGCGGAGUGGAGGCCUACACGCGAUGCGGGGCUGAAAAAGCUCCUGAAAUCGCAUCGGACCCAGAGAGAGAGGGCCAGGAGGAGGCAGCGAGUGUAUGCACAGAAGCUGCGGGCGACGCUGGGAGAGAGAUCCAUUUUGGAGCUGAACAGUGUGAAGGAGCCGACAAGGAGAGACUACUUGCAGAGGCUCGAAAAGUUCUACGACUUUGUCCGGUUCCACCAACUGGACAUAAAGCGAGAGCGGGAGCUAGACGCGGCCUUGUGCGACUACGCCGACAGCCUGUACCUCGAUGGAGAGAGCAGUACAUCAGGGCAGAAGCUCCAGGCGGCGCUAGAGUUUGUGAGACCCGAAGCUGCUCGGGAAGGGCGACUGGUUUUGCCAAGGUUUCGCAAAGCUCUGAAGGGAUGGCGACGAAUGGCGCCAACUCAAACCCGGCUCCCCAUGCCCGAGAUGAUCAAGUCCUCCAUAUCGGGAGUUUUCCUGGCAAAAGGACUCACCGAGCCGGCACUUUUCAACGAAGUCACUUACUCGACUUACGGACGGCCAGGCGAGCUACUAAAGAUGAAAGCCGAGGAUUUCGUCCGGAGGAACCAGGACUUCAGCCAUUCUGUGCUGGUGGUGGCACCCAUAGAGAGGGGCGAGUCAUCCAAAGCCGGGAUCUACGACGAGGUGCUCAUUUUGGACGACACAAGGGCGCCUUGGCUCGAGAGGGCGAUGCAGCACCAUGUGACACGCCGGAAGAAGGCGGACGGCGAGGAAGCGGACAUGUGGAGCUUCAGUGCCCGAGAGUACUUGGAGCUGUGGAGACAGGCGGUGAGCAUCCUGGACGUAGAGGAUCUUGCCGUCACUCCAUACCAGAAUCGUCAUGGAGGAGCCAGCAGGGAUCACUUGCUCAGGCUGCGUUCCAUCCAAGCCAUACAGCGCAGAGGCAGAUGGGCCUCGGACAGCAGUGCUCGGAUUUACGACAAGCCAGGCCGCUUACAGCAGGUGAUGAACAAGCAUGGAGAGCGACUCCGUGCCUUUGGAGAGCAAGUGAGACAAAACUUCGAGAGCUGGUACCUCGGUGGUACAUGCCAGCUCCCAAAGCAUAUCAGACGGCGCAUGCAGACUGUUUCCAAGGGAAAGCUUUCCUGA